UGGCCCACCCACAGGACCCUCACCACCCGUCAGAGAAGCCUGUCAUUCACUGCCAUAAAUGUGGGGAGCCAUGCAAAGGCGAAGUGCUUCGGGUCCAGACCAAACAUUUCCACAUCAAAUGUUUCACCUGCAAAGUGUGUGGCUGUGACCUGGCCCAAGGGGGCUUCUUCAUAAAGAACGGAGAGUACCUCUGCACCCUGGACUACCAACGGAUGUACGGGACACGCUGCCAUGGCUGUGGGGAGUUCGUGGAGGGCGAGGUGGUGACUGCCCUGGGCAAGACCUACCACCCCAACUGCUUUGCAUGUACGAUCUGCAAGCGCCCGUUUCCACCCGGAGACCGAGUCACGUUCAAUGGGAGAGACUGCCUCUGUCAGCUCUGUGCCCAGCCGAUGUCUUCCAGCCCUAAAGAAGCCACCUGCUCCAGCAACUGUGCUGGCUGCGGAAGAGACAUCAAGAAUGGGCAGGCGCUGCUGGCACUGGACAAGCAGUGGCACUUGGGUUGCUUCAAGUGCAAGUCCUGCAGGAAGGUCCUCACGGGAGAGUACAUCAGCAAAGACGGUGCCCCAUACUGUGAAAAGGACUACCAGGGGCUCUUUGGGGUAAAGUGUGAAGCUUGUCACCAGUUUAUCACCGGAAAGGUCCUGGAGGCAGGUGACAAACAUUAUCACCCCAGCUGUGCACGAUGCAGCAGAUGCAACCAGAUGUUCACAGAAGGAGAGGAAAUGUAUCUUCAAGGUUCCACCGUUUGGCAUCCCGACUGUAAGCAGUCUUCUAAGACAGAGGAAAAGCUGCGGCCACCAAACAUUCAUCGUUCUCCAUCUGAUUUCUUUUAUCCCAAAAGUCUGAUUCGCCGCACAGGACGGUCUCCAUCUCUUCAGCCUACCAGGACCUCCUCUGAGAGUAUUUAUUCUAGACCUGGAUCCAGCAUCCCUGGCUCACCUGGCCAUACCAUCUACGCAAAAGUAGACAAUGAAAUUCUGGAUUACAAGGAUUUAGCGGCCAUUCCCAAGGUCAAAGCCAUCUAUGACAUUGAACGUCCCGAUCUUAUUACCUACGAGCCUUUCUACACUUCAGGCUACGAUGACAAACAGGACAGGCAGAGCCUGGGAGAGUCUCCAAGGACUUUGUCUCCUACUCCGUCAGCGGAAGGCUACCAGGAUGUCCGGGAUCGGGUGAUCCACCGGUCCACCAGCCAGGGCUCCAUCAACUCCCCUGUGUACAGCCGGCACAGCUACACCCCCACCACGUCACGCUCUCCCCAGCAUUUCCACAGACCUGAGCUGUUGUCUCCUGGUGUGCAGAGGUUGUCCCACCUGCGCACCAGCAGCUUCAGCUCCACCCACAGGGACUCCUGCCCCAACCCCCCCUUCAGACACCACUUCCUCCCCCACAUCAAAGGCAAUGAGCCGUCCAGCGGCCGGAACUCCCCUCUCCCUUACCGGCCCGACAGUCGCCCUCUAACUCCAACUUUCGCUCAGGCCCCUAAACAUUUCCAUGUUCCAGAUCAAGGGAUCAACAUUUACCGAAAACCACCCAUCUACAAACAGCAUGCUGCCUCGGCAGCCCAGAGCAAGUCUUCAGAAGACAUCAUCAAGUUUUCCAAGUUCCCAGCAGCCCAGGCGCCAGACCCCAGCGAGAUACCAAAGAUUGAAACCGACCACUGGCCCGGUCCCCCCUCACUUGCCGCCGUAGGAACGGACAUGAGACGCAGAUCUAGUGGCAGAGAGGAGGAUGAGGAGGAACUUCUGAGACGCCGGCAGCUUCAAGAAGAACAAUUGAUGAAGCUUAAGUCAGGCCUGGGUCAGUUGAUCCUCAAGGAGGAGAUGGAAAAGGAGAGCCGGGAGAGAGCCUGCCUGUCCACCAGUCGCUACGACUCUCCCAUCCACUCAGCUUUACAUGCUCCAUCAUCAAAAACCUCAUCUCUCCCUGGCUAUGGAAGAAAUGGACUUCACCGGCCGGUUUCCACAGACUUUGCUCAGUAUAACAGCUACGGGGAUGUCAGCGGAGGUGUGCGAGACUACCAGACCCUUCCGGACGGCCACAUGCCUGCGAUGAGAAUGGACCGAGGAGUGUCCAUGCCCAAUAUGUUGGAACCAAAGAUAUUUCCAUACGAGAUGCUCAUGGUAACCAACAGAGGGCGCAACAAAAUCCUAAGAGAUGUGGACAGAACCCGACUGGAGCGCCACUUAGCCCCAGAAGUGUUUCGGGAAAUCUUUGGGAUGUCCAUACAGGAGUUUGACAAGUUACCUCUCUGGAGACGCAACGACAUGAAGAAGAAAGCAAAACUCUUCUAAGUCCCGCACAUAAAUGGUGGUUAGCAAAAAAAAAAAAAAAAAAAAAAAAAA